AUGUCCAGUGUUUCACAAGGGACUGACUUCCAUUACAUCGCCAUCAAAGAGCUUCACCCUACGUUCGGCGCGGAGAUCAGCGGCGUAGACUUCUCCAAGCCGGUGACAAAAGAAGUCUUUGCAGAGAUCCUAGCCGCAAUCAACAAAUACGGGGUCUGCGUGUUCCGCAACACCGGCCUCGACGAUGCCGGCCACAUCGCCUUCGCCGCCCAGUUCGGCGAGCUGGACGACGUAACACCGUACAUCGCGGGCGGCCGCGCCCACCGACUCUCCGACGUGCGGCUAUUUGACGUAGGUAACAUCGACCUGGACGGUGGCGUGUUUGCCCUGGACAAUGUGCGACGCGAAUGGAACAAGGGCAACGGUCUCUUCCACGUGGAUUCGAGCUUCAACCCCCGCCGCGCCGGGUACUCACUCCUGCGCGCGGCCGAACUACCACCGGGAGGUCUAGGAGGCGAGACGGAAUUCGCAGACUCACGAUCCGCCUUCGACGACCUGGAAUCACAUUUGCAGGAUCAUCUGCGCGUUCAGAAUUUCAUCGCCGCACACUCGCUCUGGCAUUCCCGGAAACUAGCCAGCCCGUCUACCUUUGCCGAUGUGAAUCCGGACGAGUACCCGAUGGGUCGACACCGACUGGUACAGACGCACGAGGGGUCUGGUCGUGAGACGUUAUACCUUGCCGCGCACAUCCACCAUAUCGAGGGGUUAGAGGCGGAUGUGUCGACGGCGUUGGUGGAGCGGUUAUUGGCUCAUGCGACGCAGGCGAGGUAUGUGCUGCGGGUUGGAUGGGAGAAUGUCGGGGAUCUUGUGCUGUGGGAUAAUACGAGUGUCAUGCAUCGGGCUGUUGGAGGGGAAUUUGAGGGCCGGUUUCGCCGAGACAUGCGGAGGGCGACUGUUCAUGAUGGGAGCUUGGCUGCUUGGGGGUUGAAUGAGCGAAGUGAAAUCCGGCAGGGGUUGCCAUAG